AUGGAGGGCGUCGAGGAGAUUGUCAUCGCCGGCGCCGGGCUCGCCGGUCUCGCGACGGCCCUGGGGUUGCACAGGAAAGGGGUGAGGUGCGUGGUGCUGGAGUCGUCGGCGACGCUGCGUGCGUCGGGGUACGCCUUCACCACAUGGACCAACGCCUUCCGCGCCCUGGACGCCCUGGGCGUCGGGGACAAGAUCAGGGAGCACCACCUGCUCUACGAGAGCAGCGGGCCUCACGAGAUUCGGUGCGUGAAGCGCAACUUCUUGCUGGAGACGCUGGAGGAGGAGCUGCCGGAGGGCACCAUCAGGUACUCCUCCAAGAUCGUCGCCAUCGAGGAAGAGGGCAACGUCAAGCUGCUGCACAUGGCCGACGGCUCCAUCAUCAGAGCCAACGUUCUUGUGGGGUGUGACGGAGUGAACUCGGUGGUGGCCAAGUGGCUGGGCCUGCCCAAGCCGAUCCUCUCGGGGCGGUCCGCCACCCGGGGCCUCGCCGAGUACCCGGACGGGCACGGCUUCGGGCCCGAGAUGCUGCAGUUCAUCGGGCAGGGCUUCCGCUCCGGCGUGCUCCCCUGCUCCGACACCUCCGUGUACUGGAACUACACCUGGUACCCGUCCCCGGCGGACGGGGACGCGGAGGAGAGCGUGGACAAGAUGCGGCGGCACGUGCUGGCCAGGCUUCGGGCCGCCAAGAUCCCCGCGGAGGCGCUGGACGUGGUCGAGCGGGGCGAGAUGAGCGAGGUGGUGUCGUCGCCGCUGCGGUUCCGGUCCCCGCUGGCGCUGGUCCGGGGCAGCAUCUCCAGGCGCGGCGUGUGCGUGGCCGGCGACGCGUUCCACCCGAUGACCCCGGAGCUCGGGCAGGGCGGCUGCGCGGCGCUGGAGGACGGCGUCGUCCUUGCCCGAUGCCUCGGCGAGGCCUUCGCCGUCGGCGGGCACGGGAGCGCCGAGGCGGCCCUGGAGAAGUACGCCGGGGAGCGGAGGUGGCGCGCCGUCCGGCUGGUCACUGCCGCGUACGUCGUCGGCUUCGUGCAGCAGAGCAGCAACCCGGCGAUCAAGUUCCUGAGGGAGAGGUUCCUGUCCGGGUUGCUGGCCAGAGUGAUGGUCGACAUGGCCGACUUCGACUGCGGGAAGCUCUAG